AUGGCAUCUCUCCUCCGAGCCGUAACACGCACGGCCGUCUCGGCGCAGCCCUCCAUCGCAGGCCCAUCCAAGCUCGCCGCCUUCUGCACGACACCGCUGCGCCGGAUCGCGGACAACAAGAACGACGCUGCUCCCGCACGGGCUCACCGCGCUGGUUCGUCCGCCGGCCCGUCUUCCGUCGCCUCUCCUAUCGACUCAGACUCGGUCGGUGUGACCACUGGACCGGGUAAGACGCAGCGCGAUGCGAUCGACUCUGCUAUGGGGGUGCUCGACAACCUCGCUCGAGACGUUGCCGGUUCUCCCACUUCCACUUCCAACACUUUCGAACUGCCCGACACGCCGGAACGACCCAUCUCGACGCCGUCCCAGGGUCUCACGCCGGUCCAUGUCGCUUCUGGACCAUUGUAUUCGCCCACCACCCUCCCUCCGAAAGCCGACCCCACGUUGGAAUUUUUGACCAACCUCCUCAUGAAAGACGGCAAAAAGGCGCAAGCACAACGAUUCACCACCCGCACCCUGGCGCUCAUCUCCACGUUGACGAACAGUAACCCCCUCCCGCUGAUUCACGAUGCCAUCACGCGCACGGCGCCCCUGGUCAAACUCCAGUCGCGCAAACAGGGCGGUAAAAGUCUUCAAGUACCAGUGGCGUUGACCAAACGGCAGUCGGAGCGCAAAGCGUUGACAUGGAUCAUCGAGGCCUCCAAAAAGCGAUCCGAUCGGGAGUUGGAGAGGAGGUUGGCAAGCGAGUUUUUGGCCGUGGUCGAAGGGACCAGCAGCGCAAUUCAGAAGAAGGAGGAGCAGCACAGGAUUGCGACGGUUAACAGGGCUAAUGCAAGUGUUAGGAUCUAG